UUUGUCCAUUUCACCUGUUGGCACCUUUUCAGAUUGCCCUCCAGCCCGAACAGACAUAUACCCCACUACUGGUUUGUGCCUAUGACUCCCACUUCGGUCCCCUCGCUAUUCUUCUAACAACGUUUUUUAUAGCACCCCAUAAAUGGAACACGUCUUCCUCCUUGUUCACCUUCCUGCUGUGCACUUUUACUCCUUUCCAUUCAUUCCCAUCCUUGUGCCUGGAACCUUCUCAUCAAAUUGAUACUUCCCAUGCCUGGUUAUUGCAUAUUUUCAAAGCAGCUUUUGCUGAACCUGCGUUCACCUCCAAUUGCCCAUGGCUGAGUACAAGACAAUCCCUCGGUUCUAUCUCCUAACUCAGAUGUUCGGUGCCAUUGUUGCUGACGUUUUACUGAUUAGAUAAUUGAGCUUUACUUAAAGUUGGGUUUAUAACAUGUCAUGCUCUUGGCCUCUCAAUUCGACUGAUGUUUGUGAUCCUCCACUUUGUUUCCACCCGCGGGAAGUCUAGCAUUGGGUGCUCGAUUCCCGCUGGCCAUUGGACCCCAGGAGGGAUUGUUGGAGAGGGGCUGAAAGACUUCAGCAACCCGCCCUGGGGGCCGUGCCCGGCAGGGAGCCCCCACUUCCGCCCCUUCUUUCUCUCUUUGAAAUUUUAUCGGAUUGUUUCUAUCUUAACUUCAAAUUUUUCAUUACAUGAAUGUAAAAAAUUUUAUUCAAUACAUAUAUAUAUGUAUGUAUAUUUUUGGUUUUGGUUCCCCCAUUUGCAGAUCGAGAGUAUAAUGGUGCUUCUGGAAAUCUCUUGGAGAGAGACUAAGAAAAAGCAUGCUGGUUCUAACAAAGGUAAAGCUGCAACAAUGGAUUCCAAGGCUCUUUGCUUCAUUUUAGUUGCAGCUUUCCUUGUAUGGACCCCGACCGCCAGUGCCUUCAACAUUACCCGCCUACUCGGUCGCUACCCAAACUUCAGCACGUUCAACGACUAUCUUACGCAGACUAAGCUCUAUGAACAAAUCAACCGGAGACAAACCAUCACCGUUCUUGUGGUUGAUAACUCCGCUAUUGGGGGUAUCUCAGGAAAGCCGUUGGACUUGAUCAAGAGAAUCUUGAGCACGCACGUGGUGCUUGAUUAUUACGACACAGAGAAGCUCCAUGACCUUUCGAAGAAAUCUACUUUGUUGACCACUCUGUACCAAGCAAGUGGGAUCGCGGAUAACCAGCAGGGUUUCUUGAACGUCACAAAGAAGGGCUCAUCAGGAGACGUUGUCUUUGGAUCUGCCGUGAAGGGAUCGAGCCUCGACGCCAACCUUGUACAGCAAGUCGCUGCACAGCCGUACAACGUUUCCGUUCUUCAGGUCAGUUCAAUAAUUAAUACACCUGGAUUGGAUGGCGCAGACGUGAAUUCAACAUCUGCUCCUUCACCGCCGCCACCAGCAAAAACACCAGCAAAGGCCCCGUCACCAAGCACGGCUGAGGCUCCUGCUGAAGAAGCUACAGCACCAGAGUCUUCAGAUGCACCAUCAGAUGCCCCAGCUGAUGCACCGGCUGCUGAUGGACCGUCUCCAUCUUCAUCUGUUCCAGCGGAUGCCAAGGCUCCGGCCUCUUCGAAAUCUCCAAGCACUCGUGUAGCUUCAAGCACGACCGUCCUUGCUGUGAUUUCUUUCUUUGCAUUGUCUCUUUGGUAGUUGCAUUGCAAUAAAUAUGGUAAUAUAACAAAAUUGUAACAUAUAGCUAAUCAUAUUUUGGAAACCAAAAUUAAUGAAACGUAAGAUAUUCGUUUCCUUUAUUUUCUAA